CACCGACGAGAUAACAGCUAGAAGACAAUGUUAUCCGCGGAUGAUAAUUGCGAAAGUGUAAUUUAAAUGCUCCGUGAACGAAUACACAUAUAUUUACAAAAAAGACACCGUGUACAACGGCAAAUAAUUCACUUCAAGUCUGAAUUCUGUUUAAACAUGACUCAACCAAUUUCUAACUAAAAACUACCAAGAACGGUCGGUAAUGCCGACGUUCUACAAUUAUCUCUGAUACCUUGGACAAUAGGCGUUAGUUUACAAAUACCGAUCAUUUUGACACAUACAAAGCGGUUUAGUAUAAAAUUACUAGUUAGUACGCGUAAACGAUCAGUGUAAGUGGGACGAAUCGCGGAAACCUCUGUAGUCUUUGAUAGUUUCCUGUCGAAGUUCCUGAUAAAAUCGCAACCGUCUGCGUUCUCAAUUUAAAUCGGAUAUUCGCUGUUACACUUAUUAACCGAAAUGGCUCAAGCUGUCGCAACGACGAGCCAAUCAAUCAGAUCGCACAGCAAGAUUCACGUUAGCUAUUAUUACGAUAGUAAGUAAUCAGAAAUAUUGUUACCGUAUUUCGUGUGAUUCGCGUCAGCUUUUAUCUUAGCUCAGCUAGAUGUCAUCCACAAAGUACUGUAGUUGAAAAGUAAUAGAAUGGAAUAUCCUUUUUCAUUUGAUAAUACAGUUUUCGAGGCGUUCAGUCGACAAAUUCUCAGGUGCGCUCACGCCGUAGUCGCGCGAGGCAGGAAUAAUGGCCAAUUGUUAACGAUUUGGAAAUCUUUGAUGUAAUCAAAAUACUUUCGUUUACCGUGCUCAGUAAUGUGGCAGUCUAAAUAUUUUCCCGAUUGCGAUCAAUAAUUGCCGUCUGAUUUCCCUCAGCAAGGCUGUCGUAGAAAUUUGAUCGUAUAAGAAAAAAAAAUACACACACAGAAUAUUUUAGGAGUUGUUUUUAAAUGCACAUUGCAACUUAUAUAAUAUCGUUUAUCUUAAUAACUGUUAAUAUUACAUUCAAAGUUUUGUUAUUAUCACGAAGCAAUGCUUCGUGUGGAGCAAAACAAAAAAAAAACAAAACCGAGGUCGAGAUGAUUGUAGAUAUUAUGAGAUAUGGAAGAUUAUAUGAGAUUUUUGACUAAUACGAAUUGCAAAGAGUAAUCUGAUACACGAUUUAAACUUUCGGAAAAUAUAAUUAUACAUAUGUAUUAAUCCUAGCUCACCACAUUCCAGUGGACCGCUGAACGUUUUUCGGCUUUCUAGUUUUUACAUGAUGUACUAUUUCUUUUUUCAAGUAUCAGGUGUAAUGGAUGAACAUUACUUCUUCUUAGAUCGCGCUUGCAAGAUUGCAAAACAUUUGAAAAUUUUUUCCGAAAACACUAUUUUUUAUGAUAGUAAAUUUCGCUUAAACCUAAACCAUUGCCUUGGCCUGAUAUCAGAAACAUGUUAUUCAGACUCGAUAUUUCCAAUUCCACACUUAAAAAUAUUAAUUAGAAAAUGACAAGACGACAAAGCCGAGCAGUCUCAAUAUGGCGAAUCACGGACUGGAAAAUAAAUGUGGUUAGCUAGGGUUACAUUUUGCAAGCGCCUCCUUGAUUUCAUUUACGUACGUGUAACUUAUAUGUCCAGAUCAUUUUCCAUAUUACUAUUUUGUGCCAAAGCACUUCAUGAAACCGUAUCGUUUGAAGAUAACGCAAGAUCUGAUUUCAAGCUACGGACUUUUAAAGAAAAUGAGUAUACACGUAAGAAUGUUUUCAUAUUUUUUCAUAUUUUUUUCAUUUGCUUACACAAAAUGGACAUUUAAACAAUCCAUAUAUGUAAUUAGCGACCUUACCGUGCCACAGUAAAUGAUAUGAUAAAAUUCCACGAUGAAGAAUAUAUCGAUUUUUUGAGUUUCGUAAAACCAAGUGACUACAACAGGUAUAGGAAAAAAAAGCAUAAAUGUAAGACAUUAUUAUAGAUGCAAAUAACUGUGUUGUGUGUAAAAUUAAAGUUGAAAAUUCUUGAGAAAUUAAAAAAAAAAAACAUUUGGAUGUUUCUUUUUUCUUUUGUGACAGACGGUUUAAAAACUAAAGAUUGCCCCAUUUUUCACAACAUAUUUGAGUAUUGUCAAUCAUUCACGGGUGGAACUAUAGCUGCUGCUACGGAGCUCAACAGACAAGCCACAGAUAUCGCCAUUAACUGGAGCGGCGGCAUGCAUCACGCCAAAAAAAAAAAUGCAUCGGGUUUUUGCUACGUAAAUGACAUUGUGCUUGGAAUUUUGGAAUUGUUGAAACAUCACUUCAGAGUAUUGUACAUUGAUAUUGAUAUUCAUCAUGGCGAUGGCGUGGAGGAAGCUUUCUAUACAACGGAUAGGGUGAUGACAGUCUCGUUUCAUAAGUUCGGCGACUACUUUCCUGGAACUGGUGAUCUCAGGGAUAUUGGAGUGAAUGAGGGAAAAUAUUAUGCCGUUAAUGUACCUUUGAAUGAAGGAAUAAGUGACGACAAUUACGAGGCAGUGUUUGUUCCCGUUAUUUCAAAAGUGAUGGAGACCUUUCAACCUAACGCCAUUGUUUUGCAAUGUGGCGCGGAUUCAUUAGCGGGGGACCGUCUGGGGUGCUUCAACUUGUCAAUAAGGGGUCAUGGAAAAUGCGUGGCAUUUAUAAAAUCAUACAAAUUGCCUUUAUUGUUGUUGGGAGGUGGCGGUUAUACAAUAAAUAAUGUGUCCAGAUGUUGGACAUACGAGACGUCCAUAGUUGUAGAACAGGAACUUUCGAAUGAUCUCCCAUAUAAUGAGCAGUUUGAAAGAUUCGGUCCUGCGUACAAGCUACAUUAUGACACUAAUAUUAUCAUACGGGAUAAAAAUUCAUCGAACGAUCUUGAGAAAAUAAAACAAAAGAUAUUUGAAAACUUGAGGAUGCUACCUUCCGCUCCUAGCGUGCAAUUUCGGGAAACUAAAGAGAACAGUAAUGACGAGCAGACAGUUGACGAUGAGACUAAUCCUGAUGAAAGAUUGCCUCAAAGAGAUUUGGAUAGGAGGAUACAAGGUGAAAACGAGUACAGUGAUAGUGAGGACGAAGGAGAAGGUGGACGAAAGGAUAAUAUGUCAUUCAGGUUAACUGUUCUUUAUAUUUUCAUGUCAAUAGAAACAAUGCGUCUAUCUAUAAUUUGUUUUAUCUAGAGAACAAUAAAAUCGAGUGAGCAGCUUUGUCAAAGCGAAGAUUUCCCCAUGGUAUCCGACAAAGUACAAAAUCAACCAAGACAUCUUUUUAAUGCUUGAUAUUUCCGGCUUUUGAUAUUUUAAGAAUCUUUAAACGAGGCUUUUUAAUUGUUUGGUAACACGAAAACACGGUUGGAAUAUGUUACCUCCUUUAGUUUUCCUUAUAACGCGUAUGUCUUAGUAUAAAAACUAUAUAUGGUUUUUUACAGGUGAAUAAAAACAAGCUGACAAACUACCAAUUUGCUAAUUCCCCAUUCUACACGACUUAAUCAAACGUUGUGGGAUAAAACAAAACUGAUCAUUAAAGCGCGUCAUCAUCAAAACUGAUAUUCCUAAAGCAUGUUAUUAAACUUUCAAACACGCAAAUUCAUCUCAACAAUGACUCAGUAAUAUACGCAGAAACGGAGAGAACUACCAAUUUGCUAAUUUCUCAUAUUACACAACUUAAUCAAACGUUGUGGGAUAAAACAAAACUGAUUAUUAACUGAUAUUCCUAAAGUGUGUUAUUAAACUUUCAAACACGCAAAUUCAUUUCAGCAAUGACUCAGCAAUGUACUUAGAAACGGAGAGAAAGCAUCGAUUGAUUCGAAGAAUAAGAAUUAUAUAAUUUUACAUAUAAC